GGGGGACUUGCUGGCGCGCUAAUUAUUGAGAAACACCUCCAGAACUUCGUCAUCGGACGCGAUCCGCUUGAUGUUGAGGAGGUAUGGGAACGUCUGUAUCAUAUCACUUCAAUUUAUGGACGGCGCGGCUUGGUUAUUUAUGUCUUGAGCGGCAUAGAACUCGCGCUUGUUGACCUAUGUGGAAAGAUUGUGGACGCGCCUGUCUAUAGUCUUAUUACGGAUACACCACGCUUUAAGAUUCCUGCCUAUGCCACCGGUGCCGAUGUUGGCUAUUACGCAGAGAAUGGGUUCGCCGCUUGCAAGCUGCCGCUUCGCCAUGGACUCGCUGAGGGUGAGAGCGGAUUUACGGAAAACGUCGAGCUGAUACAUGCUGCACGAGACGCUGUCGGAACGGAAACAGAAUUGAUGGCAGACAUCUAUCUCCGUUGGGAUGUAGACUACACACUCCGUUUCGCAGAUGCUGCCACCGAUGCCUGUCUCAAAUGGAUCGAAGAACCCAUUCCACUUGACGAUUAUGCAGGCAUGGCGCAAUUAGUGCGAGAGAUUCAACCGGCUUGGAUUGUCUCCGGUGAGCAUGAAUUCACACGAUACGGGUUUAGAGAGUUGUUGCGUUGGGAGGCGGCGGAUAUGAUUCAACCGGACAUCAGUUGGGCAGGUGGUUUCACGGAAUGCCUACGCAUCGCGCGUGAAGCCGCUGAACUGGAUAUUCCGACGUGGCUCCAUCAAGCUGGCACACCGUGGGGUUUACAUCUCACUGCCUGUCUUCCGAUGCCGUGUAUGGCAGAGACCUUUGGUCCUUCCCGCGACGGCGUUGAGAACGAGUUGUAUCGUCUCUUACGUCCCGCACCUCAGGAUGGGUUUUUCAGUUUAAACGAUGCGCCAGGUUUCGGCGUAGAACUUGACGAACGGUUGUUAGAGGCGUACACAGUGGAUCGGUUGUAG